UCGAAAUAUAUUCGAAUUUGCGAGUUUAUUGAAAAAAAUUCAAAUCAAUAGUGCCUCCACCAAUUAUAUAAACAUAUAUAAGCAGUAUCUCGAAAAGUCGAAUGCCGCCAAAUCAGAUGUUCAAAUAACGAUUUGUGGGUGGCAACCGUGAUUCAUAUCGUUUGAUGUAUACGUUCAGUGAGAUCUUUUUUAUAUUAUGCAUGUCAUAAAUUUUUAUACGAUCAUUAUAUACUUAUCGCCGUAUUAUCAACGAAAAUUAGCCAAAUUUGGUAUUGUCAAUUUCGGAACGAUGAAAAGAUGUUUCGAAAUCUGAGAUUGAUCUUCGGCAAAAUUCAACAAAAUCCGGCAAGAUCUUUCCAUUUAAGCGUACAGCGGUAUUUGCAAAGUCUGAGGGAACCCUCUCAACCGUUGAAGCGAUGUCCAAAAUGGGUUUGCGUGGAAGAUGCAGUAAAAAUCAUAAAUUCAGAACAUUUAGUUUUCAUACAAGGUGGUACGGCCACGCCGAUGGAGCUCGUGCGCGCCAUGACCGAGCACGGGGUAUGCAACAAUUUGCGCGGCGUCAGACUGGUGCAUAUGAGUCUCGAGGGAGAUACACCGUUUGUUAAUCCCGAGUUUGAGAAGCACUUCAGGUCCAUCAGCCUGUACGUGGGUACUAAUAUCAGGGAAGCGGUGAAUGACGGACGAGCGGACUGCAUCCCGGUAUUCCUGCACGAGGUACCGAGGUUGUUCUACGAGAAGAGAAUCGUGCCCGACAUCGCGCUGAUCCACGUGAGCAUGCCGGACGCACGUGGAUUCUGUUCGCUCGGUGUGGGCGCGGAUUGCACCCGCGCCGCGAUUUGCACCGCCAAAGUUCUCAUCGCGCAAGUAAACGAGCACAUGCCAAGGUGCUUUGGCGACACAGUGAUCCACUCUAGUCAUUUUGACUGGGCAGUGAGAUAUGAUUGUCCUUUACCUUGUGUGGUUUGUCCACCGCCUAACGAUCUUGAACUCGAAAUUGGCAAGAUCAUUGCGCAGCGUUUGAUCGAGGAUGGAGCAACGUUGCAGCUCGGUAUAGGUAAUAUUCCCGACGCGUUACUCUGUGCUUUGGUCAAUCACAAGGAUCUGGGAAUACACUCGGAGAUUCUUUGCGAUGCGAUGGUCGAUCUCGUCGAGCACGGCAACAUCACGAACAAAUGCAAGACUAAGCAUAGAGGACGUAUGGUCGGUUCUUUUGGCAUCGGCACAAAACGAUUAUACGAUUUUCUGCAUAACAACCCAUUUGUCGGUACUUAUGACAAUAAACUUAAUCUUGAUUGAAACAAGACGCUCCUACAUUAUUUUUCACUUGAAAUUAUAUCGUAUCGAUUGCUAGAAAUGCUAGCGAUCAAUUAUGUGAACGAUCCUCGGAUAAUCUCGAUGCAGCCAAAAAUGACGUCUAUUAAUUCUUGUAUUGAGAUGGAUCUUACCGGCCAGGUGUGCUCGGACAGUUUAGGCUGUAAGAUAUAUUCCGGCUUCGGCGGCCAGUUGGAUUUUCUUCGAGGUGCGGCGAUUAGUCAGGAUGGUCGUGGAAAGGCUAUCAUCGCGUUCCCCUCAGUCAACAGCAAGGGAGAGAGUAAAAUACAACCAGUGCUUAAACUCGGAGCUGGUGUGGUGGUUACGAGAGCUCACGUGCAUUACAUAGUCACAGAACACGGAGUAGCGGAUCUUUUCGGUAAAACCUUACAACAAAGGGCGAAUGCAUUGAUUCAAAUUGCGCAUCCCGAUCAUAGAGAAUGUCUCGAGAAGUCCGCGUUUGACCGUUUGAAAUCUAAUCCAACAAAAUAUCUUUAACAUAUUUUGUGUGAUAUGUAAAUAUAUUUCAAAUUAUGUGAUAGUUUAAGUUUUAUAUUAUGUACGAGAGAGAGGCAGAAAUUUCUUUAAGUACAUGUAUUUUAAUUUAAAUUUGGAUCACUAAAUUAAUGCCACAUAAAUAUUCUGCGUCCAAAAUUAAAGAUAUUUUAAAU